AUGAGGCAGCUAGACCACUUCACUCAAGACAAUCUCAAGCUCGUUGCCUCCGAUGAUGCAUGGAAUGAACGGCGGGAGUCCUCCGGUGUUGCUACACCCGCCCGAAAUGUAACGGCCCUAAAUUUGAUCCUGGGUUGCCAGGUAAACGCCAUUUACGCCGAUAAUCUUCCCGCCAGAAACCCGGUCCUUGCGCCGACCCCCAGCGGUGAUUACCAUGAUUUGGUCCUGAAUGGAUGGAUCGCAGGACGACAAGACUUUGAGAAAGUAUCGUGGCGGUGCGAAAUGGUACAAUCGGUGUAUGGCAACCCUCUUGGCAAAUGGCUGGGGGUACAAGUCUUGGAGAUCUUUCUGCUCGAGAAACGGUCAUUGUCAAUGUUCGGCCGCUUCAACGACAGUGACGCCGGCAGUGAUGGCCUUCUAAGUGCCUGGGUAGGGUUUGGGAGAGUUCCCUGCUCGGAACGAGGCUGGAUGCCAUACUGCCUCCCCUGUAUUGUGCACUUUCUCACAGGGCCUACGGUCGAACUUUCGCAGAUCUGUGACAUUCUUGGCUAUGGAACGCCCGAUGAGCCUCCACUGCAACCGGUUCGCAUCGCUUUCGACCAGGCUAUACAUCAGCUUCUCAACCCAUCUGUGCCCACUGGCUAA